AUUACCAUCAACUGAAAAGGCACUAAUAACCCUUUCUAUUGACAGCGCCACCGGAAAACACAUCUCCAUAAGCCCGUUUCCCGUAUAGUUUUCCUGUUCCCGGACAAUCCUGACCUCUAAUAUUCAGCAGGUCUCCGGUGACAAAUCCCUUGCCAGUGACAGGUGGAACUAAGGAUCGCUUGUUGGUGGUCUGAUUAACCAACUUCCCACCUGGGGUCUUGACGAUCAUGUGCCGGUUUGAUUUACUGACAUAGCGGCGCCGCUUCCUCUAAAUUUUUGAUGUUUGGAAAUAUUAAGAAAGUUGGAAGAUUAAUUAUCUCAAAUCAUGGGCAGAGUCAAUUAGAAUUAAGGAAAUAUGCAACCUUAGAUACUACAGCUGGCUUACACUUGCGUAAACUCAGAUACUGUAAUUUGAGAUAUAGCUCUCCUAAUAGAGGAGGUGGAGGAAGAUAUUCGACAUUCUUUGGAUAUUAUGGAAUUAAGGAACAUUUUUGCAAGAUUUAUGUUUCUUCUUCUAGGAAUUAUUCUGUUCUAUCAGCUAGUAAUGCGGUGAUGAACCAUGCCCAACUUGCCUUUAAAAGGUUUCUUAGAAAAGGUUCUGUCAGUGAUCAUUCUUUCCCUUGUGUAAGUAGGAUUGCUCAAGCUGUUAGCUUGGCUUUGACUCGCUCGCACCUGUUAGUACCUGGUCUUUUUGCGAUGACAUGUGGUGAGGUGGCAUGGGCACAAAGGACGUUGUCAGAAACGAAGGUUUAUCCCUUACAAAAUUCUUUGUAUAUGCGUGCUCAAGAUGGACAUGUUUAUGUUACCUCAUUACUGCUCGGUGUUGUAGAAGGUUUUGUUUUGCUAGCGCGAGCUCUGUAUUUGGCACUCCUGUUUUCUCCUAGUUUGGUAAUGGCACCAUUUGUGGACCUUUGUGGACCAAAAUUUAGGAAAAUGUGGCUUCAGGUUGUUCUUCGCACUCUGGAAAAAGCGGGUCCAGCAUUCAUAAAAUGGGGUCAGUGGGCAGCUACACGGCCAGAUCUCUUCCCUAGAGAUUUAUGCACGAAGCUUGCAGAGCUGCACACUAAAGCUCCUGAACAUAGUUUUGAUUACACUAGGAAAUCUAUUGAAAGAGCUUUCGGUCGCAAGCUUUCUGAGAUUUUUGAUAGUUUUGAAGAGAAGCCUGUUGCAUCUGGUAGUAUUGCUCAAGUGCAUCGAGCCUCUUUGAGAUUUAGAUAUCCAGGUCAAAAACAGAAAAUUCCUAUGGUGGUCGCUGUAAAAGUCAGGCAUCCUGGUGUUGGUGAAUCAAUCAGGAGAGAUUUUGAGAUAAUCAACUUGGUUGCCAAAAUUUCAAACUUCAUUCCAACUUUGAAUUGGUUGAGACUGGAUGAGAGUGUGCAGCAGUUUGCAGUUUUUAUGAUGUCUCAAGUUGACCUUGCUAGAGAAGCUGCUCACUUAAGCCGCUUUAUAUAUAAUUUCCGAAGUUGGAAGGAUGUUUCUUUUCCAAAGCCCAUAUACCCACUUGUGCACCCUGCUGUUUUAGUAGAAACAUAUGAGCAAGGGGAAAGUGUCUCGCACUUUGUUGAUGAACUUGAAGGACAUCAUCGAAUAAAAAGUGCACUUGCUCACAUUGGGACUCAUGCCCUUCUGAAAAUGCUUUUGGUGGACAACUUUAUUCAUGCUGACAUGCAUCCAGGAAAUAUUCUGGUGCGGACGUCUCAAAACAAGUCUUCUAGAAAAGGGAUCUUUAAAUCAAAGCCCCAUGUCAUCUUUCUUGAUGUAGGCAUGACUGCGGAACUUUCCAAGAGUGAUCGAGUAAAUUUAAUUGAUUUCUUCAAAGCUGUUGCUCGCCGAGAUGGCCGAACUGCAGCACAAUGCACGCUAAGAUUAUCAAAACAGCAAAACUGCCCCAAUCCUAAAGCUUUCAUUGAGGAAGUAGAAGAGGCAUUCACUUUUUGGGGUACUCCAGAGGGUGAUAUAGUUCAUCCUGCUGAGUGCAUGCAAGAAGUACUGGAGAAAGUCAGGCGCCACAAAGUUAACAUAGAUGGAAAUGUUUGCACUGUGAUGGUGACAACUUUAGUUCUUGAGGGGUGGCAGCGAAAGCUGGAUCCUGGAUACAAUAUAAUGAAAACAUUACAAACUUUACUCCUACGAGCUGACUGGGCAAAGUCUCUUUCCUAUACAAUAGAUGAGCUGAUGGCACCAUGAAAACAUAUUACUUUUUCAGAUACAAUUUUGGCAAUGCUAAGUGGCUUAUUAACCAUUUGUUUUGGAGCAGUUUUGGCUCUCUGCAAUUUUGUCCCUGUAUUUAUUUAUUCUGCAUAUAAAAAAUUAUUUGGGUUAAUUACUAUUAUUCGCAUAAAGUUAGGUCCGAA